UGUGUGCCGGCCGCCAUGGCCGCGCCCGCCGCGGGGACCGAGCUGCCCGUGCCCGAGUCAGGUGCUGUUUUCACAUUCGGGAAAAGCAAAUUUGCAGAAGAUAUUCCUAGCAAGUUCUGGUUCAAAAAUGACAAGCCUGUACUUAUAUCAUGUGGAGAUGAACAUACAGCUAUUAUUACAGGGAAAGGUAAACUGUACAUGUUUGGCAGUAACGACUGGGGCCAGUUAGGACUAGGAUCAAAGAACACUGUCAGCAAACCAACCUGUGUAAAAGCUUUAAAACCAGAAAAACCAAAACUUGCUGUUUGUGGAAGAAACCACACUUUAGUUUACACAGAAAAAGGAAAUGUCUAUGCUGCUGGAGGUAACAGUGAAGGUCAGUUGGGAUUAGGUGACACAGAGGAAAGGACCACAUUUCAUUUAAUUAGCUUUUUCACCAACCAGCACAAGAUCAAGCAACUAUCAGCUGGAUCAUACACCUCAGCAGCAGUAACUGAGGAUGGGCAGCUCUUUGUGUGGGGUGAUAAUUCAGAAGGGCAGAUUGGCCUGGCCAGUGAAGCCUCUGUCAGUGUCCCAUGCAAAGUGGAUAUUGGAAAACCUGUUUCCUUUGUAUCCUGUGGAUAUUACCAUUCUGCCUUGAUUACAGGAGAUGGUGAGCUCUAUACGUUUGGAGAAUCUGUGAAUGGGAAACUGGGAUUAUUCCCUGAACAGCUGAAGAACAAUAGAGUCCCACAGCCUGUACUGGGAAUUAUGGAAAAGGUUAAUAAGGUUGCUUGUGGUGGAGAACACACCGUGGUGCUGACAGAGACAGAUGUUUAUACUUUUGGACUUGGACAGUAUGGGCAGCUGGGACAUGGAACUUUUGUGUUUGAAAGUUCAGUACCGAAGCCUGUGAAACGCUUGAAGAGGCAUAAAAUUUGUAACAUUGCAUGUGGGGAAAAUCACACUGCUGUGGUAGCAGAGAAUGGCCUGAUGUUUACUUUUGGAGAUGGACGACAUGGCAAGUUAGGAUUUGGAGAAGAGAGUUUUACAAAUCUGUUUGAUCCCACUCUGUGUUACAAUUUCUUGAAGUUCACAGUCCUUUUGGUUGCUUGUGGGGGUUGUCACAUGCUGGUUUUUGCUGCUCCAAGACCUAAAGGAUCUGAAAUCCCCUUGGAAGAUUUAUAUGAGCCUCGUUUGACUGCUGCUACCUCUCAAACCAGACGGGACUUUGUACUGGCAAACACUUUACAGUUAUCAGCAGCACGAAUGCGACGUCGAGAGAGGGAAAGGUCACCAGAGCAGUUUGCUCGAAUGGCACAAACUCUGCCUGCAAUGGGGAAAGGCUUCUUAAAAUCUUCAUUGCCUGUGGCAAGCAACACCAGCCCAUUCUGGUUUUCUGCAACAAGUCAUCCUAAAGCUGAAUCUGGGAGGGAUGGAAACCAUGAGAAAGAAAAUAAUCAUCAAAAAGAUAAACCUAGUGAAGUCUCUUCAGAAGAAGAUUCAGAUAAUGAAAAUCUUGACAGAAACCUUGGGGAUACAACUGACAUCCUAAAUAUGACACAUGCAAUGAAGUUGAAUCCUGGUGACUGGUCCUUAAAAUUAUCACCACUCCAAAAACAGAAGAAGAACAAUAAAAAUGUGAAACUGAAAAGAGAUGGUAAGGGUGGGCUGAAAAACAAGGAUUCUGAUUUCACAAAGGAGGGCUCAAAAUUAGAGUCUGUCUCUUUACAAAAUCACUCUUCGCUCUCAGAGUCAACUGGACAAGAUUUAGAAAAGAGUAGUGCCUUUGCAGGAAAGCCUGUGUCCAGAAAAACUAUUAAGAAAGGUAAAUCUGAGCAUGCACAAAGUGAUAGUACUUUGAAAAGUGGUGCUCAAGAAAUUACUGAGGACAAAAGCAUAUUAGUGAAAAGGGAAAAAGAAUGUGUGGAAAAUCCUGAAUUUUUCAGAGAGGAUGCAACAUAUAAUCUUCCCACUGAAAAUCAAAUUCUGACUGAAAAAAUAAAUUCUUCCAAUAAAAAGCCAAAAGCUGUUAAAUCUAAGCGAUCCCUUAAAAUAGAGGUACUUCCUUCUGCUCCCAGGGAUCAGCCCCAGACUGAUUCAUUAACUGUACAAGAAUACCGUCCUGUUAAAAAGCAAGGGAGUCAAAAAACAACAGACAGUCAAAGCAAACUAAAGGAUGGUGUUGAAAAAUCUGACAAGUGUGAACUGAUAAAUGUCACAGGACAAGAAAGUAGUGCAGAACAGAAGCUUAAAAAAAAGCAUCAGUUUUUGAAACAAGUAUCUGUAACUUCAUCAUCAUCAUCAUCUUCAACUGAGGAAAGUACUAAUGAUCUCCAAAAAUAUAUACUUAAGGAAGAGGCUUACUAUGAACACAGAGCUGUCCAGAGGGCAAGGAGGACAGUGACACAUCUGGACUUAGAAAAAUACAGUGAGAUUGAGGAGAUGCAAGCUACAAACAAUGAGAAAGAACGUGUAGAACAGACUGAUGUAAAAAGCCUGAAUGAGGAAGAAACAAGCUCUGAUGCUAAACCUGUUGAAGACAGGCCAUUAGAAAUUAAGAAUGAGGAGGAAUCUGAUCAGGAGCAGGAGAAUGAAAGCAGUGAAAAGGGUGAAAAAGAAAAAUUGGAUGAAACAAUUGACAGUGAAGGUAAACUAGGGGAAGAAGAAAGUGAGGUUAAAAAAGACAGAGAUGAAGUUUCAGUAGAAAAAGAUGAGGGAAAAGAUAAUGAGGAAGAAGAUGAACAAGAAGAAUCACAGACUGAAAGAGACAGUGGGAAUGAAGGUGCAGAGGAGACUGAGGAGCAGCAAGAUAGCAAAGAGCAAAGAGAUGAGCAAGGCAGGUUGAUGGAGGAAGAAGAAAUGGUGAGUGAGGGAGAAAAGGAGGAUAUGGAGGAGAAGUAUGAGAAAGAGGAAGGCACUGAAAAAGGAAAAGAGGAGGUUAAAAGUGAGGGAAAAGAUGUGAGUGAGGAAGGAGGGGAAGAUACAGAGGAAGGGGAAGAAAAAGAGGUAGAAGCAGAAGAGGAAGGAGAUGAAAAGGAAGAUGAAGAGGAAAAAGAAAGGGAGAAUGAAAAAGAUAAAGAGGGUGAAGAGGAGGAGUUGGGAGAAUCAUUGGCAGGGAGGGAAGAAGAGGUGUCUGAAGAAGAGCAUGUUGAGGAAAAUGCAAAUACAAAAACUAAGGAAGUGGGUGAGGAUGGAGUGGAAGAAGGAAAAGAUGGGAAGGAUGAUGUGGAAGAGGAAAGAGGAGAUGAGAAAGAGGAAGGAACAGAUGCAGAAGCAGAAGGGGACGAGGGAGAAGACGAUGACAAGGAAGAAGAGGAGAGGGAAAAUGAGGAGAAAGGGGAAGAUGAAGAAGAGGGAGAAGGAGUGGAAGAAGAUGAAGGAGUAGGAGAGGAAGAAGAGAGUGUUGGAGAAGAUGAGGGAGAAGAGGGGAUGGAAGAAGAAGAGGAAGAUGAGGAAGAUGAGGAAGGAGUGGAAGAAAGGGGAGAUGAGGAAACAGGACAGGAAGAAGAAGAGGUAGAGGAGGGGGAAGAGGCAGGACAGGAAGAAGGAGAAGAAGAAGAUGAAGGAGAAGGGGAAGAGGAGGAAGAGGAAAAAGAGGAAGAAGGUGAGGAGGAAGAGGAAAAAGAGGAAGAGGGUGAAGAUGAAGAAGAAGAGGAGGAAGAUGGGGAAGAAGGUGAGGAGGAAGAAGAGCAGGGGAAAGAAGAAAAGGGGGAAGAGGUAGAGGAGGGGGAAGAGGCAGGACAGGAAGAAGGAGAAGAAGAAGAUGAAGGAGAAGGGGAAGAAGAGGAAGAGGAAAAAGAGGAAGAGGGUGAAGAUGAAGAAGAAGAAGAGGAAGAUGGGGAAGAAGGUGAGGAGGAAGAAGAAGAGCGGGGGAAAGAAGAAAAGGGGCAAGAGGGUGAGGAGGAAGAGGAAGAAGAGGAAGAGGAGGAAGAGGAGGAAGAAGAAAAAGGGGAAGAGGGUGAGGAGGAAGAAGAAGGGGAAGAGGGAGAGGAGGGAGAAGGUGAAGAGGAAGAGGGGGAAAAAGGAAAUGAGGAGGAAGGGGAUUUAGGAGAGGAGGAAGAAGAGGAUGAGGGAGAAGAUGAGGAUGAGGAGGAAGAAGAAGAGGAAAAAGCAAAAGAUAAAAGGAAAAAUUAUAGUAGUAAACUUCCAGAAAAGAAAAGCAAACCCAGGAAGCCAGAAAAGACAGAAAGUACUGCUUUACCAAACAGCUCUAAACAAAACAUGAAAUCCAAACGUCAUGUAGCAAAUGGUUUACAUAAUCCAGAACAAUUUUGGAACAAUGUGCUACCUCAUUAUUUAACACUAAAGUAGCAUAGACUACUGCAGAUGAAUUUUUAGCCUAUUCAGGAAACAGAUUGAUUUUUAUUACUUGAAAGAAACUUUUCAUGGAAUCAAAGCAUACUAUUAUGCAUAUAAUUUAAGUGCCAAUUUCUUGAAAAAGACUGAAAAAAAUGUUUAGAUUAGGAUACUUUUAUGAGAGACAUCAUACUUUAUUGAUACAAUCAUCUUCACAAUCAUGUGGAUCAUGUAUGAUAUAUGAUCUGUUAUAGAAUUUCCUUAAAAUACACAAAAAUUAAUUGCUGAGGAGGUAAACUGUGUUUGCCUCUUAAUCCAAGUGUAAUGUCGUGCUGACAAAUCAAUUAUGCAUUGUAACAGUGUAAUCUUUGCCUUUGAAUCAGCAACACACCAAUUUUAGUUGCAGGGCAGUUUACUUGAUAAUGUGCCUUACCUGAAGGGAGUUUCAGUAAAUUAGCAAAGAUACCUAUUUUAAAAUUUUGGUAUCACUCUGUUGUAAUUGCGACAAUACAAAGAAACACACUUCAUUUUCAGAAGGCUUCAAACCUGUUUUUAUUAUAGCGGGCAUGCUUUUUAUACAUUCUUACAAAACUCCUAAGUUUACACUUUACUCAUUGGUCAGGAAAGACAAACAAAGUGCUUAUUGGAAUAGGCAGUUGCUGGUUUCUCUUAUUUUUCCUUCUUUCUUUCUUGGUUUCUAUGUCAACAACCUUGGUAGAAAAUUCUUUCAGGGGUAAACAUGGAUCCUCUGAUCAAACUUCUCUCUGGCUCACACAAGUCACUGUAAAACCUUUUCCACAUCACUCCAUAAUUUAUUCCCCCUACUUUUAUUCUGCUCAUACAUUGGUAAAAUGUUCAAAUAGCUAAAUUAAAGAAAGGACAUGUUGCCAAAUUUACGUGGAUCAGCGGAUGGGAGGUAAAUGGAAAUGCAAUGGCCUGGGACUUUCCAAGGGCCUUAAGGCUGACUUCUUAUUUUGGUGUCAGCACACAAUUCUGUGCAAGAAGAGAAACACAGAUCUCAGCAUCUGGCCUAGAUUACAUUAGAAUUCAGGGAUAAUUUUUUGAAUUUCACACUUGGUGAUUGGAUAGAACUGAGAAUUUGAAACACAUACCUGUAAAACAUUUUAUAUUUGUUUAUACUGUGCAAUACACAAAAGAUUCUAUAUCUGCCCACAAAAGAUUAUAUCACAUUAGUCCUCUAACUCUGAGGUACUCCAGGAGGGAGAAUAUAUGUUGUUGCUGUGUGAAAUACAUGUAUUGUUUCCAGGAUCAGAGCCAAAGCUUCUCCUCAUUGGAGAAGAUUUAUGGUUUUAAAAAACCCUAUCUGUAAUCUC